GAAAGGAGGAGCAGGGGGUGGAGGAUGGAGCCCCGGGCAGCCGCGGCGGGCUCGCCCGAGCCUGCGGCGGCGUCCUCCUCCUUCCAGGCCCGGCUCUGGAAGAACCUGCAGCUGGGGGUGGGCAAGAGCAAGGGCGGCGGGGGCGGGCGCGCAGGGGUCCCAGAGCGCCGCACUGCGGACACCCCAUCGCCCUCCCCGCCACCCCCGGGGGGCAGGCGGGACGCACUGGCCGGCGUGGGUGGCGCGGGCAGCAGGUGGAGCGGCUUCAAGAAACGGAAGCAAGUGCUGGACCGCGUCUUCUCCUCCUCCCAGCCCAACCUGUGCUGCUCCUCGCCGGAGCCUCUCGAGCCCGGCGGCGCCGGCAGAACCGAGCAGGGGUCCACCUUGCGCCGCCGGAUCCGUGAGCAUUUGCUCCCAGCGGGAAGGGGACCGGCGACAACCGCCGCGGGAGCAGCGGGAGUGACGCCUCCUGGCGGACGGUCCCCGGACUCAGCUCCCUCUUCAUCCUCCGCUUCAUCCUCCCUGUCCUCCUCGCCCCAGCCUCCCGCGAGGGGAGACCGCGCCCGAGAUGAGGGGGCACGGCGUCGGGGCCCCGAGGCGCACUUGUGCCAUCAGAAGAGUUCCUCCCUGCCCGGCACCGCCUGCCUGGAGCAGCUGCUGGAACCGCCGCCGCCUCCCGCAGAACCAGCUGAGAGCCCAGUGCAGCCACGGACCCCGGAGAAGGGCGAGGAGCUCGGCAGCAACCAGAAAAUAAAUACUGCUGGAACCAGUAAUGCAGAUGUCCCCUUGGCUGAUCCCGGAAUGUACCAAUUGGACAUUACCUUAAGAAGGGGUCAAAGUUUAGCUGCCCGAGAUCGAGGAGGCUAUAACCUUAUGAAGAAAUUAAAGAAAAGCCAACUAUCAACUUUAAAAGGGACAAGUGAUCCAUACGUGAAGUUUAAAAUUGGAGGAAAAGAAGUUUUUAGAAGUAAAAUAAUACACAAGAACCUCAAUCCCAUAUGGGAGGAGAAAGCUUGCAUUCUUGUUGAGCAUCUUAGGGAACCGUUGUAUAUAAAGGUAUUUGACUAUGAUUUUGGACUACAGGAUGACUUUAUGGGCUCAGCCUUUCUGGAUCUCACACAACUGGAGUUAAACAGGCCCACAGAUGUGACCCUCACACUGAAAGAUCCUCAUUAUCCUGACCACUACCUUGGAAUCAUUUUGCUGUCUGUCAUCCUUACCCCUAAAGAAGGAGAACACAGGGAUGUGACAAUGCUAAUGAGGAAGAGUUGGAAAAGAUCAAGUAAGGAUCUUUCAGAAAAUGAAGUGGUUGGAUCUUAUUUCUCUGUGAAGUCUUUCUUUUGGAGGACGUGCGGCAGGCCUGCUUUUCCUGUCCUGGGCUUCUGCAGAGCAGAGCUUCAGAGUACUUAUUACCAAAAUGCACAAUUUCAGACCCAAAGUUUACGUCUAUCAGACGUACACAGAAAAUCACAUCUUUGGAGAGGAAUAGUCAGCAUCACAUUGAUUGAGGGACGAGAUCUCAAGGCAAUGGAUUCAAAUGGGUUGAGUGACCCCUAUGUGAAGUUCCGGCUUGGGCAUCAGAAGUACAAGAGCAAGAUUAUGCCAAAAACUUUGAAUCCUCAGUGGAGGGAACAAUUUGAUUUUCAUCUCUAUGAAGAAAGAGGUGGAAUCAUUGAUAUCACUGCCUGGGACAAAGACGCUGGGAAAAGGGAUGAUUUUAUUGGCAGGUGCCAGGUCGACCUGUCGGCUCUCAGUAGGGAACAGACACACAAGUUGGAGCUGCAGCUGGAAGAGGGUGAGGGACACCUGGUGCUGCUGGUCACCCUGACAGCUUCGGCCACAGUCAGUAUCUCUGACCUCUCCGUCAACUCCCUGGAGGACCAGAAAGAACGGGAGGAAAUAUUAAGGAGAUAUAGCCCAUUGCGAAUAUUUCACAACCUGAAAGAUGUGGGAUUUCUCCAGGUGAAAGUGAUCAGAGCAGAAGGGUUAAUGGUCGCCGACGUCACAGGCAAAAGUGACCCAUUUUGUGUAGUGGAACUGAACAAUGAUAGGCUGCUAACACACACCGUCUACAAAAAUCUCAAUCCUGAGUGGAACAAAAUCUUCACAUUCAACAUUAAAGAUAUCCAUUCAGUUCUUGAAGUGACAGUUUAUGAUGAAGAUCGGGAUCGAAGUGCUGACUUUCUGGGCAAAGUUGCUAUACCAUUGCUGUCUAUUCAAAAUGGUGAACAGAAAGCCUACGUCUUGAAAAACAAGCAGCUGACAGGGCCAACAAAGGGGGUCAUCUAUCUUGAAAUAGAUGUGAUUUUUAAUGCUGUGAAAGCCAGCUUACGAACAUUAAUACCCAAAGAACAGAAGUACAUUGAAGAGGAAAACAGACUCUCUAAACAGCUGCUCCUAAGAAACUUUAUCAGAAUGAAGCGUUGUGUCAUGGUGCUCGUAAAUGCUGCAUACUACGUUAAUAGUUGCUUUGAUUGGGAUUCACCCCCAAGGAGCCUCGCUGCUUUUGUGCUCUUCCUCUUUGUUGUCUGGAACUUUGAGCUCUACAUGAUACCACUGGUUUUGUUGUUACUAUUGACAUGGAACUACUUCUUGAUAAUAUCAGGGAAAGAUAACAGGCAACGUGAUACAGUAGUGGAGGACAUGCUGGAGGACGAGGAAGAAGAAGAUGACAAAGAUGACAAGGAUCGCUGGCAGAAUCGUUGACACUGGCUGACACCACUGCAUGUUGAGAUGAGAAGCAUGUUUCUUCACCAAAGCAGCAGAACCAGAUGUGUUGCCAAGCAUCACAGAUGCUCUAUCGGAGCCCAGAGUGCCAAGAUUUUUAUUCUGCCUGAAAAUUUGUUUGGCAAAGAAAUUCUUCACCAUGUUAAAGACAUUGACUCUGCAGAUUCUCAAAGAAGUUCACAAAGUAGGAAUUCUUUGAUUGUAAGAACUUGUCGACAGGAGUUGGCUAUGCAAAUAGAGGUAUCUAUUUGUAUUAUUAUGUGCAAAAGGGAGAUAUUAAAGACAUGUCAGAAAUUCUGUAGUGUUGACAUCAUUUGAUGAGAACACAACUUCAAGAAAUGUGUGGCUUCACCAGCAUCUUUCCAGUGACAUGUAGGUUAUUUUUCUUGGUGAUACGAUGGAUGCAAAAAAUAUUUUAAUACAGGUCUUUUUUUUUUCCUUGGGGCAAAUCCAAAGCCAGGUAAAGUCCCAGUCUUUAAUAACCAAAAUGUAUUUAUAUAAAGAAAAAAGAUACACGAUGUCCAAUAGAUUUUCACAGUAGGCAGCCUGAGCUACUCCCUUUAAUUUUAUUGGUUGCAUACUUCUAUUGGCCAGAAUCCUGCCACGUAAGAAAUACUGUAGUUUUGCAUCCCAUUAAACUCCAUAAUUAAUAGAAAAUCAAUAGAUAUGAAAACCUCAUGGUACUGCUUUUUUUCUUUUGAAAUUUUCCUACUUAAGCUAGACUCAAGGUAAACAGAGGUGUAUGGCUAUAGUCAUGUUAGCACCAUGUGUUUUCUUAGAUUCCUAUCCAUAGUAAACCAUUCUAGAGGUCUUAACAUUAUAGAGACAAUAUUACCUAUCUGUUUACCUUCAAUAUCAGAUUGCUCGCUGUUCAUAAUAUGUCUCCCUGCCUAGUGAUCUCCGGCCUGGCCAUGUAUCUCACUUUGGCUGACCUAGGCCAUUUCCCAGCCAAAGGUUCAAGAGCCAUCCUUGGCUCUGCCAUCUCUCCUUUCCUUCUGAAGCAUAGCUGGAACUGUCCGCAUAGGAGAUCCUUGUUUAGCUUGAAUUCUAGAAUAAAGGUGAUGUAGAUCCAACCCAUAAGGGCAUGUAGUAUGAACAAAAAAUAAACCUGUGUUUUUAUUUUUAUAACCUUUCAUGAUUUUGAGGGGUUUUUUUUGUUUUUUUUUUUUUUUACCAUGACGUAAUUUAGUCUAGGCUGGCAGAUAAAAUAUUCAUCCAUAUUACUUGGUGUGAAUCAAGGUGUUAAUAUUUAAUUUCAAAGAAAACAUAAAUUUUUUAUUUUUUUUUUAAUUUUUUUUUUAACGUUUAUUUAUUUUUGAGACAGAGAGAGACAGAGCAUGAACGGGGGAGGGUCAGAGAGAGGGAGACACAGAAUCUGAAACAGGCUCCAGGCUCUGAGCUGUCAGCACAGAACCCGAUGUGGGGCUCGAACUCACGGACCGCGAGGUCAUGACCUGAGCCGAAGUCGGCCGCCCAACCGACUGAGCCACCCAGGCACCCCUAAAUUUUUUAAAUAAAACUAAUCAAAGUCUCAGAAAGGAAAAUUUAAAAUAUUUUUUUCUUCUUAACUUCACAGAUCUACCCACAGACCUUGAAGCCCAGUCUCAAAUCAUUCUGCUGUUAGGUCUCUCUCAUUGAAAAGUGCUUUCUUUUCCCCAUAAACUUAAAGUGAAGGACAAGAUACUGGGCAGACAGAGAUAAAUAUGGCAGAAUAUGGGCCUUUCAGGAAUCGCUGUCUGAUGGGACCCUUGAUUAUGUAAACUAAUAACUACAAUACAGUGAGAAAAAUGUUGUAAUAGAGUUAUAAAGAGUUUGGGUGGGAAAAACAAGAAGGUGACCAUCUUCACAGACUUGUCAACAAAUGUUGCACGGUAGAGGUGGCAUUUAGUUUAAGUCUUGAAGGAUGAGUGAGAAUGUACAAGGAAAUGUGGUAUGUGAAUUCAAGGAGUAUUUGGUACAGUAGGAGCAUAAAGUGGAGGAAAAUGACACUGGAAAAGGCAAAUUUAAGAUUGUGAAUGCUUUAGCCAUCAGUUAAGAAAUUUGAAUUAUCUUCAAGCAGUGAGAAAUCAAAGGCUCUUUUAAAAUAGGGAAUUGUCAUGAUGACAUUUGUGCUUUUAGAAGGAAACUCUGUCAGGGCACCUGGGUGGCUUAGCCGGUUAAGCAUUCAACUCUUGAUCUAGGCUCAGGUCAUGAUCUCAUGAUUCAUGGGUUCUCCCAUUCUCUCCCUCUCUCUUUCACUCACUCUCACUCUCUCUCUCUCUCUCUCUCUCUCUCUCUCUCUUUCUGUCUCUCACUCUGCCCCUCCCCUGCUCAUGCUCUCCCUCUCUUUCUCUCUCUCAAAAUAAAUGAAUAAAUUUUAAAAAAGAAGAAAACUCUGCUAAUGGGCAGGUGAUGGAAUAAGAAGGAAACGAGACUUGGUCACCUGCAUGGCUCAGUCAGUUAAGCAUCUGACUUUGGCUCAGGUCAUGAUCCCAAGGUUUGUGAGUUUCAGCCCUGCUUUGGGCCCCCUGCUGUCAACACUGGGCCCACUUCUGAUCCUCUGCCUCCCUCUCUCUCUGCCCCUCCCCUGCUUGCAUGCUCACUCACUCUCUCUCAAAAAAUAAACAUUAAGAAAAAAAAGAAGAAGGAAAUGAGACUCAAAGUAGAGAAAUAUGCGAGGAGGUGCCAUGGUAUUCCCAGCAAGAAAUAAUGUCAGCCUGCACUGAAAACAGCAAUCAUGAUAAUAAGAAAGAAACAAAUUUGAGAGAUACUUUUAAUAGUAAAUGUACUAAGAUUAUUGAAACAAUUUAUGUUCUAUAGAAUAAGGGAAAAUUUAGAGUUGCUGAGGACUAUAAGAUGCUUGGCUGAGAUAUCCUUGUAUUUGUGAAGCACUUCACAUGUUUCAAAGUACUUCCAUUUCUUUACCUUAAUUUAAUGUUCACAAUAACUCUGUGUACUGGCUUAUCAAGUAUUAUUCCCAUGCUUCAGUAUCAGGAAGAUAAACUUGGCUAGUGGGGAAGUAGCUAAGAUUAGAAACCAGAUAAUGAGACUAAAAUAGAGAAGUAGUUGAAUCUGAAAACAAGUUAACUUAUCUAAGAAGAAGGUAAGUCUGGGAAUUAGGUAACUUGUCUGAUGAUGAAGAAACUGAGGUCAGAAAACUAACUCUCUAAUUAACUUUCCUCCUGGUCAUGUUGCAGUAAGGCCUGUUGACCCACCCAGAGAUGACAACUAGGUCACUUGGUGUGCAAAAUUGCAUGUUCUGGUCAGUAUAAACAGAAAGUGUCCUCCGUGCCUGCCCAGCCCUCUUUUCCUUCAGCACUAGGUCUUAAGAGAGCCUUUGAAAAAAUGAUGGCAACAGGUCCAUAUUCAGGGCCUCUUCCCCAUUUAGUGUGCUUUCACUAAGUGAACUCACUCACUCAACGUCACAAAAUAAGCGAAACAACCAAACUACAAACUUUAGCCUGUUUGCCUCCAAAGCCCGCCAUUGUUUUGCAUAACAAUCUCCCAGUGCCUACCCCCUACAAAAACCCACUUAGUGACUAAAGUAAUAAUUUCCAUUCUUUCAUUAUUCACUGGCUUCACUGGGCUCACCUGAGCAGCUCUUGCUCGAAUCACUCUUGUGGGUCUAGCCAGCUAUCUGGGGCUGUGGUCCUCCAAGGGCUUGACUAGGCUGGACAUUCCAGAUGGCUCAGUUGGAUGACUAGGGGUUGUUGCUGGCUUCUCAUGACGUGGCAACUCAAUUCUAAGAGGGAGAAUGAUUCUAAAAGUGAGUGUUUCAAGAGAUCCAAGCAGAAGCUGCAAAGCUUCUUAUGAUGUAGGCUUGGAAGUCCCAGAAUGUCACUUCUGUCAUGUCCUAUUGGUCAAACAAGUCACUAAGGCCAGCCCAGAUUCAAGGAGAGGAUGGCUUUGGUUCUACCUCUUAAUAAGGAGUGUCAAGGUCCUAUUGCAUAAGAAUCUAAGAGAUGGGAGAUAUUAUGUGGCCAUCUUUGGAAAGUAAAAUCAGCUACCAUUUCUAAAGAAGAAAAGCUCCUAAUAGAUGUCCAGUAGCAUUAAGGUAUAUGAAGCCUGUUGCCUAACAGGAGACUUUCUCUUUAUCUAAGGUUUAUCAGCAUAUAGUGCUUGAUUAGGUUAUCUCAAAACUUAAACAAGCAUAGUGCCUUCAAGUUGCCAGGUGUAUCCAAAGUUUAUCAUCCCGUAUAUUUUUGUUUCAUUUUUUGUUUUUGAUUUACAAGUGGAGAAGCAUCAAAGGACUGACUGAAUUGUCAUUCUCUACUUCGCUAAAACCUGAAAGUGCUACCUAAAUCUUUCUUCUUCUGCUUUGUCCAUAGAUAAGAAUUCAGCCCAGAAAUUUCACUAUCUAGCUGAACUCUCCCUUGAAGCUAGUUGGUACGUAGAAAGGAGUCAUAAAAAAAAUCCUUUUUAAAUCCUAUUCAGACUAUACUGAAUAUCCAUUGUCCUCUACCAGUGAAGGAAGACAAAAUGCCACUGUCCAGUGUCCUGGAAGUCAGGCUUUACUUUCUCUGACUGGCUGCCAAAAAUGAAAAGCCAAGUGAGGAAAGGAGAUUGCAGAACAUAUCCUUCUUAAAGCAUAAGAGUUUCUUCUUUUUAGAAAAUGUAAUUUGAAAUUGCCAGCAGUUCACAUCUGGUAUUUUACUAAUUUGUUCAAGGAUAUUUCUCAUAGGAUUUAAAAGAUGACUGAUAUCUCUGAAAAUUUUGUUGUACAAACUCUAAGUAGCUCGGUCAAGACUCUUUUCCAGGAUCCUUGGAGCUAAUGUUUUUCUGCUGUAGUGAGGUAGCAGUAUGCAGAUAUUAAAAUCAAUAUUGAGCUCAUCAUACACAUAUAUGCUAUUUCUUGGUUCUGGUAUCUUACCCAUGUAUUCUGAUCACAAUGAUUUGGAAACAGAGACAGCAUCUGUCUUCUCUGUGAUUCCACACUGGAAUAUUUUGGAGACAUACAAGGCAAUAUAAAAAACAAAUAUACAGCUGCUGCAGUCUGAUAAUGUAAGAUUUUAUUGAUUAUCCGAAAGAGUAACUACCCUAGGUAUUAGGUUUUCUUGUCACAACCUUCAGUGCCUGGGGUAGUUGAACAAGUUCUUUUUUUCCUUUGAGCUGACCUCAAAGUCACAUAGUUUCUGAAUCAAGGUCCUCAGAUUUCAUACUUUGGCAAUUUCUUUCCUUUCUAAUGGGGUAUAUUAGAGAAAAUGUGUCACCUUUUGCACCAUGUAAUACCAAAUCAGAUCAGAAUUCAUGCACAAUUAUGUCAGUGGAAAUCUAAUAGUACAGGCUGGCUUAUCUCUAGAUAACACAUGGAAAAAUAAACUUCCACGACUGACAGAUUUACUUGAUUUUUUUUUCAGAUAAGUUAUUUGUGAGUAAUCGAGCUAAAGAAUGUAACUGGAUUAUUUUUCAUACUAUAAAAAAAAAAAACUCUCAACAGUAAAAUGGUUGCUAAGUAUCCAAGCUCUGUCACUCUGUCCUCCCCCCCCC